UAAAUAAAGUCGUUACCGGAUAAGGCAGAAUGGUUCGAUUUCGAUCUGCAUUUGUGAUCGUGUAAUCAAUUAAAAUUCACUCAAGCUAGCGCCUUUUUAUUCCUUAUUUUAUUUUUGUUUUAUUUAUUUCUUUUUUUGUUUUCUUUCAAGGGUAAUUCAAAUCUGCCCACUCGCAUCGCCAACCUUGGGAAGUGAGCACCAGUGCAUGCAGGCGCUUGGGCCGUUGGGAAAAUGACCUUGACACUUACCUUUCCUGGGGACACUGCUCAGGUAGUGUCAGCGCAAAGCCAGAGUUCAUUUCCACGUCAGGAGGGACAACCUAUGUUGACAGGGAGGACAGUGAAGAUCUAUACGCAAAGACAGUCUCGUUCCAACUCUGGGGUUCCUCCUCUUGUGAUGGACUGGCCGGUCGGCUGUCUGUCUGACGUACUUGACGUCUGUCUGUGCCGUUCGUCUGAUGCAAUUUUCUGUAGGUGAUGCAUGAAUCCGCACCAAUAGGUUCGUUAACUCUCAGUAGAAGGAAUAGUCACAGGCUGUACAAUGUAAUGACUCCCACUUGGUAUAGAACCAAUGAAAAUAGUUGUGACAUAAACUGGAUCACUAACGGAUCCGAACCAAUGAACCUAAGGAAAGACAUCCGUUGUGGUUUCAACUGCAAGGACUACACAGGCUGACAUUUAAUUGCCCUGAACUGGACUGACCUGAAACAAUUGUUGAUAUAAAAAGCUAAAUUGUUAGUAAGAAGAACAGGGUGAACUAAAUGUUAAGCAUCAAACCAGUCAGUGUGUCUGUCACGCAAGAGAACACACACACACACGCACACGAGCAGCUGCAACUGUGGGCGAUAACUGCCACGUUUUGCAUUUGCGUUGAUCGCCGACGCAGUAGGAAAAGACAACUCAGCGGGAAGCUGCCUCGUCAAACACUCCACAUCGAUCAACUUCCUGUCUUGGAGUAGGAAAAAUAAGAACAUUAUCGCUAGAAGUCAACCAGAAAACCCCGCGAUAUUUCCAGAAACAGCACGUGGUAUGCGCAACCAAGUUCAUUGUGAGUGCUGUUACCUUUUAAGAUCUUUCAAUCGCGGUAACUUUGUUUUUGUUUUAGGUUAACUUUGGAAAAAACAGGCAUUGACACUGAGAGAAAGUGCUUCGAUUCCUGUUGAAGAACUGAGUUGAUGUACGAGGAUUGACUUGAUGCAGAAUCGUUUGAAAUGAUGACCGUGAUUGAUCAGCUGACUGGAGUGAGAGACUGAGCAGUUGGUUAUGACACAAAGUGACGAUCUGUCAGCUAUCAUUUCAACCAAGGUUAGUCUAGAACAGCUGGCAAGAAGCGCGACACUUGAAAGAAGAGAUUAACCGAGUCUGGUGCCUGAAUACAAAGUGUCCUUUGACAACGGGACGUCGCUACUGUCGUCCUUUUUUUUUCACUUGGUCCUCACAAGAACAGCAACUCUGGCUUCCCGGGCUGCUAUGUUAAACCGGAAGCCGACCGCCCGGCGACAGCGGCGGCGCUCCAAUGGCAGCAAGCCACGGCGAUGUUCGGCGCCCACUGUGCUGGGACCACCCCGGGUGCAGCUUGACGCUGUUCCCUUCCAACGAGGACAUCCCCAGCCGCAUGUGCUCCACUCCACAGCCCCUCCCAUCGUUGUCCCCGUGGCGCACUCGGUGGACUCUGGGGUCACGUGGCUCAAGGCCCAGAGAGCCUACGCUCAGCAGCUGGCCCCGGGUCAGAGCAGCUAUCAGCUGUGGCCCGGAUACGGAAACUGCUUGGACGGGGGGUCGCUGACGAGUGGAAGUCAGCCCACACCGCCUCCAUCUGAGAAGGCCCUAUACGAGAGCACUGUGGUAUGGACUGAUGUGGACGAUCCCGAUCAGGCAUUCUCCUUACUGGGGAGUCUGUGCGAAGCAGGCGUGGAAACCAACAAUCCCUGCGACUUCAUCUUCAGGGCAUUUUUUAUUCUGAGUGGAACAUGGCCUGUAACGGUGUUUCUUGUUGGCUUGCUGGCUCUUCCUAGUCAUGACAACUAUUGGUGUCAACUACCUGCACGAUUGCCCCGUGGAGCCCAAGCUGCCCAUCUACUUGGUGGUCGGCGGCUGCUUCGGCAUCAUCAAGCUCCUCUUCCUGCUGUGGAAGCAGAUCAAGCGGCACAAAGAGGACAUGGGCGACCUGCACGACGACGAGGACCUGCUGACCAUGACGCGCAUGACUAACAUCGCCCUUAACAUCUUCCUCUGCGUCUGGUUCGCCUUCGGCCACUACUGGGUCUUCCACAUCUGGAAGCCCCACUUCAGGGCGCCCCUGCACGAGCCCCGCAACUGGUGCGACGAGACGGUCUUCACUUUCUC